CACACACACGCUCAGAAUGCCAGUUUAAGUAAAGAUAAAUGAGGGGAUGGCGUGUACAGAUAAGUGCUGUGCCAGCCUGGAGGAUCCCCAGGCUCUGAUGAAGAUGGGGCUGAGCAUGGUUCUGCUGGGCCAUGUCAACUUUCUGCUGGGAGCACUGGUCCACGGCGUGGUGCUCAGACACAUCAACCUCCACAAACAGGCCCGGGCCAUGGAGUACGCCAUCUCCAACGUGGUGGCCCUCACCACAGGCCUGGUGGGUGUCGUCGUGGGGAUUCUAGCCAUCAUCCUGUCCAAACACAAGAGGAGCAGAGCACUGUCGUGGUCCCUUUUCAUCAUCAGUCUUUGUUCUGGACUCAUGGCCACCGCCUCAGCCAUUGGUCUGCUGGUCUCCAUGGUGAGGGCCAUCCUUCACGGUGGGCGGAGCCUGCUGAUGCACUGUCGAUUCCCGGAUGCCAUUGGGUACUCCAGCAUCACCAACGAGUGUCCCUUUGACCCCACACGCAUCUAUGGCACCACUCUGAUUCUGUGGGUGCCGCUGAUUGUGACGUGCAUCAUCCAGCUGGUGUUCUCGGCGCAGUGUCUCUCCGUCACCAUGUCGUUCCUGGGUCUCCCGUGCUGCCCUCACAAGAAGACCGUCAGACAGCGGGACAGAACGAUCAAUGCAGCACAGCCAGUGGAGCUAACAGCCGUUCCCCACUACGCGCCAUCUCCACAACAACAGCAUCGUCCUCAACAACAUCAUCCUCCUCCUCAUCAUCGUCAGCACCACAGCCUUCCGUCAGAGAGGCAGCCUCUACGCCAACCCCACAGAGGAAGGCCGGAGGAGAGGGUCAGAAACCAGCACAGACCCUCGCAGCAGCAGCAGCAGCAGCGGCUGGAGCGGGGCGCUCUGGAAAGGUCCAGCUUCUGGAUAUAGAUGCUAAUACUUACACACUCGGAGGUCACGAGGGACAAGGAAAACAAACUGCAGCUCUGUUUAAGAGUUAAACGUGGCGUCCCUGUACUAACACUUUACUAUCAGGAGCUCAAAAUACCCCGGUCUGACCUCAGGCACGCAGACUCCUUGUUUCGGUGCUGUGGGGUCCAGAUCCCUCCUGGCGCAGUGUUUUCUUCACGCUAUUUGAGCAAUGCGCAGGACGCCCAUUAUGUGUGCAUGUUUGCACGCCAACAUUACAGGUCGGGCCUGCCUGAAGCAUCAGCCUCCUUGUCUUUUAUGGAGGAUUUGACCGCCCCCCUCCCCCAGUUUGCACCAGCUUGUUGCAGAGCCAAAUGGGAGAGGGUACAAGAAAAACAAACAAAACCGAACACAUUGAACGGGUUUGCAGUCCUUAGCAUUAGUUUAAGUGUCCUUGCAAAGAAAAGAACAGCUGGGAGGGCUGAGAUUGUUUAUUAGUGGAGACAAAGAGCUCCUCCGUAUCCCGUCUGACUCUCCCCUUCAUCGUGACUGUGUCCUUGAUCACUGCUGUCCUCUGAGACGACUUUAGUCGCAUUGUGUUAUAGCCGUUUGUUCUCGGUGCUGAGUUGAUUUCCAUCUGUCUGAGACCGGGUUCAAAGUGAAACGCGGUGUUUCAGAGCUGCAUCAGAGUGGCUCUAUUCCACAGCAGGGGAAGGUUAUGUAACCGAAUCUUUGCAAGGAAACGCAAAGCUGUCGAAGAGGGAUGCAACAAAAUCCAGUUUUUAUUUUUUAUUCUCUUGUGGCCCCUUCGGGGGCUCCAUAUAUUUUCAGGUAGCAGAGCUUUGUGCACGUGUGUGCGCAUUAUUCUGGGUCAAGAGACUGGCCGCAUGUGACACUAGUUUUUACCGAGUGGUUUUUACCCCAUUUAAUUUCUAAAUAAAAUUUCCG